AUGGGAAGUGGAGUUUCAACCCUGUGUUGGUGCUACCGGAGCAACGAACCGUGCCACCAGGACGUCAUAUUCACCGCCACAGAGCCAUUGGACGAAACCCUAGGGCACUCCUUCUGCUACGUCAGAUCCUCUGCUCGCUUCCUCUCUCCUAAUCACUCCGAUCGCUUUCUCAGCCCCUCCACCUCCCUCCGCUUCUCCCCCACUCAUGAACCCCGAACCCGACCCGAAUCACAUGAAACCGGCUUCAAAGCCAUUUCCGGAGCCUCCGUCAGCGCCAACAGUUCUCUCCCCACCACCGUCAUUCACUUAGACGAAGACACCCUCGAUUGCGUUAGAGCUGCCACCAAGGGCAAUAUCGUCAAUGGCUUCGAAAGCACGGCUUCGUUUAGCGCGCUCCCGCUCCAGCCCGUUCCCCGAGGAGGCGAGCCCUUCGAGGUUAGUGGCUUCUUCCUCUCCGGUCCAAUUGAAGCCAACGCCGUCUCCGGUCCUCUCCCCGCGGCAGCCGACGGCGGCGGCGGCGGCGAGGUUCCUUUCUCUGCGCCGCUCAGCGGCCUCUACGGUAAGAAGAACACGAAGAAAAAGGUGAUUUCGGGAUUCCGGAAGGCGUUCAACCGGAACGCGCAUGAGAUGAAGCGGCCGUGGGUGGUUCCAGUGCCGGAGAAGAAGGAGGCGGCGGCGGAAGCGAGGGGCGGCGAGGGCAAUGUGCAGUGGGCGUUGGGGAAGGCUGGGGAGGAUCGCGUCCACGUGGUAGUGUCGGAGGAGCAAGGGUGGUUGUUUGUUGGGAUUUACGACGGUUUCAACGGCCCCGACGCACCGGAGUUUCUGAUGGGGCACCUCUACCGUGCCGUUCACAGCGAGCUUCAAGGUUUAUUCUGGGAACUGGAAGACGAACAACCGUUGCCGCAAGAGAGCAAUCCCGUGGUGGAAGGAACGGAGAGUAAACGGCGUAAGCUGUGGGAGCUUCUGGCUGAGGACGGACUCGACCUUUCUGGUUCGGAUAGGUUCGCGUUUUCCGUGGACGAUGCUUUGAGCGUUAACAACGCCAAAGCGGGGUCUGCUGUGAGUAGGAGGUGGUUGCUGCUGUCGAAGUUGAAGCAGGGUUUGUCGAAACAGAAGGAGGGUGAAGGGAGAGGGUGGAAUUUGGGGAAUGAGGAGAAGGAAAAGGAGAAGCCUUGUGGGAGGAAGCGGAAGGUGGGUCCCGUGGAUCAUGGACUUGUUUUGAGUGCGUUGGCUCGGGCACUUCAAGUCACGGAGGUUGCGUAUUUGGAUAUGACGGAUAAGCUUCUGGAUACAAAUCCGGAGCUUGCUUUGAUGGGUUCGUGUUUGUUGGUGGUGUUGAUGAGGGAUGAAGAUGUGUAUGUGAUGAAUGUUGGGGAUAGUAGGGCUAUUGUUGCACACUAUGAAUCCAAGGAGGUUGAUUCUAGUGUUGAAUCGGGAAGCAAGGGUGGUGUUGAGUCCGGUGCUGAGAGCAUAGUUGAAGAGUCAUUGGGUUUGGGCCAAAGUGCAAGUGCUCAACAAAUGAGGUUGGCGGCGUUGCAGCUCUCUACUGACCACAGCACCAGCAUUGAAGAAGAAAUCAUUAGGAUUAAAAACGAGCAUCCUGAUGAUACCCAAUGCAUAGUCAAUGAUAGAGUUAAAGGCCGCCUGAAGGUCACCAGAGCAUUCGGGGCUGGAUUUUUGAAACAGCCGAAGUUGAAUGAUGCAGUACUAGAGAUGUUUCGCAAUGAAUAUAUUGGCACUGCACCAUAUAUAUCGUGCUCUCCUUCACUACGUCACCAUAGAUUACGCCAGAGAGAUCAGUUCCUAAUCCUCUCAUCUGAUGGUUUAUAUCAAUAUCUAAACAAUGAAGAAGUUGUUUCUCAUGUUGAGAGCUUCAUUGAAAAAUUUCCAGAAGGAGAUCCAGCCCAACAUUUAAUAGAAGAGGUGCUUCUCCGUGCAGCUAAGAAAGCUGGAAUGGAUUUUCAUGAAUUGCUCGAUAUACCACAAGGAGAUCGGAGGAAGUACCACGACGAUGUUACUGUCAUGGUGGUAUCACUCGAAGGGAGAAUCUGGAAAUCGUCAGGAAAAUAUCCGUGA